AUGGGUCAUGUCAAGUUUCUUCUGUCAUUAUUAUUUUGUCUUGGUGUGAAUUCACUGAAGUAUAUUCCACAACACUGCCAGAUCGUUAGCUCCACUGCGCCAUGUGUUUGUAAGGACGAAUACGGAAACUUCGUGGAUUUACGACCACUUGCCUGGAAAAACUUCACUGCUAGAUACCAGGACCGUACCCCAGCAGACGGAGACAAUAAUCAUAUGUAUUCCUGGAAUCCCUGCUAUGGUUUUGUAGAAAAAUCUACCAAUGACACGUCUGGCUGUAUCAACGUAGCGAGCUGCAGAGAGAACAAAAUUAAGACAGAAUUUCUGGACAUAGGAAUUCAAAAUGGUGCUACAUUCGGUCAUUUUGAUAAUGGAAACUUGUCAAUCACCUAUAAUUCCAGGGACGGAAAAAGAACUACAAUAGUAUCACUCUACUGUAAUGAAGAACAAGAAGACAGCACUCUCCGGGCCGUGGGAAAUAUGGGCUCCUUCUUUUGGUUGCAGUUACGAAGUAAGUAUUGUUGCCCUCGAAAGAGAGAAGACAUUUCAAGUUUUACCAGACAUGAUUUUCUGCCUAGUUUUAAUUUGUUUGAGAUGGAAAAUACGACAGAAGAACCACAUCUACCUACAAUUCCAUCUCCAAGUGUCGUUACAGUGACGUCACAACCGGGACCGGAUCUCCACGAGAUAACCUUUCUCCUAACUGGAAUAUUAAUCGUGUCCUUUCUCAUAAUGUUGAUACUGGUGGGCGGGCUGUUCUGGAAAUGCAUUAGAAGAAAUCCAUACGCUCAGUAUUCACUUAUUUCAAACGAUGACUUUGUGGAAAAUAAAAGGCAAACUUACUGAUAAAGUAGACCGAUUCAAAUGUUUCGUCGUGUGAUAUGCUGCAUGAUUUCAAGAAUAGUCAUUUAGUUCAACCCCCCAAUGAAGAAAUUGUUUUCUUUAAUUUGUUGUAUGUGACAUUAAACUUCCAUCUUUUGUUCUUCCU